AUGUCGAUUCCUGCCUUGACGCAUACUUGUGACUGUUGUUUCUCCACAACUGCAUUGGAUGCAUUUGACCCCAUGAAACAGCUCAGUGCAGAAAGUAAUUACAGAAACACCCAUGCACCAAAUAUCUACAACACAAUGGUUCACGCAAAAUCAACAGAAAUCAAUACAGAUCUCCCGGCCGGUGAAAGAAAGCAUCUACAAGAGCUGCAGAAUAUAGUCAGCAAAACCUGUGAUCCCUCUACUCUAAGCAAAGAAGAAUGCGACAAUCUUUGUGGGCGCCUUCUCAAUCAUUGUGAAACCAAUUCCUUGGGAAGCCGUGCUAACAAUUUAGCAGCAGCAAGGGAUGUCCUGGUAACCGCAAAUAGAAUUGGAAAGGAGCUCGAUAAUCUUGCUGCAAGGACAGCAAUAACUCAAUGGACUUCUGGGAGGAUUUUGUCGGGAGAGACCCGGACAAACUUGCUAUGUUAUUUGAACAAUGGGCUUGUUCACGAAAUCAGACCGUCCAUGAACAAGAAGAACCUGCUAACUGCCGCCAACAGUGCAUCAGGUUUUGUAGGAGCGGCUUGCGACAUGCCUUUUGUCAACCCAUCCACAAUAGGCACUGUGCUGGAAAUUUGUAAACUCCAUGAUGCAUGGAAGACUGGGAGCUGUCACUGGGUGAAGCUGACUUGA